UUACCAAGAUUCAGAAUUUCCCCUAGGGAAAAAAAAAAAAAAGAAAGAAAAAGUGAAAUUCAAAUCAUUAAAAAAAAAAAAAAAAAAACAGAAUUUGUAUUCUGGGCACACUUUUGAGCUUGCUAGUUAUCUUUCUCGUUUUUCAGAUUGUUGGACCUUCUGAGUUUUCGAUGAAGUUGUUGGAAGUUAGGGUUUCCAAUAUCGUAUCUACACGACAAAGCACAGAAUUUAGCUGUUCCUUAAAAAAUUCGAAACAAUGAGUGCUGUUAGCAUAACAAACGUGACGGUCCUUGACAAUCCGGCGUUGUUUUCGUCCCCCUUCCAGUUCGAGAUCUCCUACGAGUGCUUGACUCCUUUGAAUGACGAUUUGGAAUGGAAGCUUAUUUACGUUGGAUCUGCAGAGGAUGAGACUUAUGACCAAUUAUUGGAGAGUGUACUUGUUGGUCCUGUGAAUGUUGGUAAUUAUCGUUUUGUACUACAGGCAGACCCUCCGGACCCUUCCAAGAUUCGCGAAGAAGACAUUAUUGGUGUCACAGUACUUCUACUAACCUGCUCUUAUCUUGGUCAGGAAUUUGUUCGAGUCGGCUACUAUGUGAAUAAUGACUACGAUGAUGAACAGCUGAGAGAAGAACCUCCUCCAAAGGUCCUAAUUGAUAGGGUCCGAAGAAACAUUUUAUCGGAUAAGCCUCGGGUCACAAAGUUCCCCGUCAAUUUCCAUCUAGAGAACAGUGAGAGUGGAGAGCAACCCCCUCCGCCAUCUGAUCAUCCUGCUGAUUCAGAUGAAAGUGGAGAACCAGCUGCUUCACCUGAACAUCAUUCUGGGCAGCUAGGACCUUAGCUCUUGAAUCAAGAGUCCUUUCGUUCCUGACUUUCAGUUUUCUCUUUGAGGUACAUAUCAUGCUUUUCUUUUAAACAAGCGCUCUAGCCAAAGCUUCCGAAAUUAUUUGGCAUUGCUGAUCAGUAUUUGGGGUCUCAAGUUGUAAACUCCUCAUCUGGUUCCUUGAUGAAGCCAUGAUAUGAAUCCCCCUUUUUCUUGCUAUUUUUUUUUAGGAGGCCAUCUGAUUUGUACUUUCUGCUGUCAACAGAACUACUAAACCCUGUAGUCAUGGGACAUUGGCUUAG